AUGAUUACAGAUGAUCAAUUGAAUGGUAUAGUUAUAAUCUUUGGGAUCACGAUGAUGACGUUGAUUGUCAUAUACCAUGUUAUGAGUUCUACUAUUUCUGGUAAGCACUAG